UUUGGAUGGCUGAAAAUAUUUUGACUAAUCAGGAUUCAACAAUUCAUAUUCGAAUUUCUGGAGAUGGGAGAAAUGUUGGAUGUAAAGUCAAACAUGUGAUGAUAACAUUUGCUAUUCUUAAUAAUAAUAUCAAUAUAUAUCAACCUGAUAAUCAUUACACUUUAGCUUUGUACCCAGGAACUGAAAACUAUACAACACUUAAAAUUAGUUUAGCACCAUUAUGUCAGGAUCUUACAGAAUUAAAAAUUAAUGGAAUUAAAGAUACCUUUGGAAAACAUUGGAAUGUAGAAUUAUAUUUCAGUUCAGACUGGAAGUUUUUAGCAAUUUCUCUUGGUUUUAACACAGCAAACUCCAAUUUUUUUUGUCCUUGGUGUAGUUGUUCACGAAAAGGUCUAG